AUGGCUACAAAUAUGGAGGGGCUGGUUCAGCACAGAGUGGGGACCCAGCAGGUGGCUGAGGUACCACGUGUGCAGACUUCUCGGCCGGAAUCUCCAGGGAUGACCAGCCCCUCCCCGCGCAUCCAGAUAAUCUCCACCGACUCUGCAGUAGCCUCUCCUCAGCGCAUUCAGAUUGUGACAGACCAACAGACAGGACAGAAGAUCCAGAUAGUCACCGCAGUGGAUGCCUCUGGGUCCCCCAAACAGCAGUUCAUCCUAACCAGCCCAGAUGGAGCUGGAACGGGGAAGGUGAUCCUGGCUUCCCCAGAGACCUCCAGCACUAAGCAGCUCAUAUUCACCACCUCCGACAACCUCGUUCCUGGAAGGAUCCAGAUCGUCACGGAUUCUGCUUCUGUUGAGCGUUUACUUGGGAAGGCUGACAUCCAGCGGCCCCAAGUGGUGGAGUACUGUGUGGUCUGUGGAGAUAAAGCCUCUGGUCGCCACUAUGGGGCUGUCAGUUGUGAAGGUUGCAAAGGUUUCUUCAAAAGGAGCGUGAGGAAAAAUUUGACCUACAGCUGUCGGAGCAACCAAGACUGCAUCAUCAAUAAACACCAUCGGAAUCGAUGUCAGUUUUGCAGGCUGAAAAAAUGCUUAGAGAUGGGCAUGAAAAUGGAAUCUGUGCAGAGUGAACGGAAGCCCUUUGAUGUGCAGCGGGAGAAACCUAGCAAUUGUGCUGCUUCAACUGAGAAAAUCUAUAUCCGGAAAGACCUGAGAAGUCCUCUGAUAGCCACCCCCACGUUUGUGGCAGAAAAGGAUGGAACAAGACAGACAGGGCUUCUUGAUCCCGGGAUGCUUGUGAACAUCCAACAGCCUCUGAUACGCGAGGACGGCACGGUUCUCCUGGCCACGGAGUCCAAGGCAGAAACAAGCCAGGGAGCCCUGGGUACCCUAGCAAAUGUAGUGACUUCCCUUGCCAACCUGAGUGAAUCCCUUAACAACGGUGACACUUCAGAGAUCCAGCCAGAGGACCAGUCCACGAGCGAAAUCACCCGGGCGUUCGAUACCUUAGCUAAAGCACUUAAUACCACAGACAGCUCCUCACCCCCAAGCCUGGCAGACGGCAUAGACUCCAGUGGAGGAGGGGGCAUCCAUGUCAUCAGCAGAGACCAAUCGACACCCAUCAUUGAAGUUGAAGGUCCUCUCCUCUCAGACACACACGUCACAUUUAAGCUCACAAUGCCCAGCCCCAUGCCCGAGUACCUCAAUGUUCACUACAUCUGUGAGUCUGCGUCCCGCCUGCUCUUCCUCUCAAUGCAUUGGGCCAGGUCCAUCCCAGCUUUUCAGGCACUUGGACAGGACUGCAACACCAGCCUGGUGCGGGCCUGUUGGAACGAGCUCUUCACACUCGGACUAGCCCAAUGUGCCCAGGUCAUGAGUCUCUCCACCAUCUUGGCUGCCAUCGUCAACCACCUGCAGAACAGCAUCCAGGAAGAUAAACUUUCUGGUGACCGGAUAAAGCAAGUCAUGGAACACAUCUGGAAGCUGCAGGAGUUCUGUAACAGUAUGGCGAAGCUGGAUAUAGACGGCUAUGAGUAUGCAUACCUUAAAGCUAUAGUUCUCUUUAGCCCGGAUCAUCCAGGUUUAACCAGCACAAGCCAGAUUGAAAAAUUCCAAGAAAAGGCACAGAUGGAGUUGCAGGACUAUGUUCAGAAAACCUACUCGGAAGAUACCUACCGAUUGGCCCGGAUUCUGGUCCGCUUGCCGGCACUUAGGCUGAUGAGCUCCAACAUAACUGAAGAACUCUUUUUUACUGGCCUCAUUGGGAAUGUUUCAAUAGACAGCAUAAUCCCUUACAUCCUCAAGAUGGAGACGGCGGAAUACAACGGCCAGAUCACUGGAGCCAGCCUAUAGUGCAUGCUGCACGCCUACCACGGUGCCGAAGACGCCUCCAGUCAUCCAGAUACACAGAAAAUAAAAGUAGUGGUAUUUGGUAUGUGCACAUAGUUCCAGUACGUUAGCCAUUUCCUACUUGGUUUCUUCUUACCUGUUAGCUCCUGAAAAUAGCUGCGGAAAGACUAAUAGGACCUGUUCCUGCCAU